CACGCAGCUCAGCGCUCGGCGGCGUCUCUGAGCUCAGUCUGGAGUGGCGCGGCUGUAGCAGCACGAUAUUGGGCUGUAAACAGAGACACUGUGCUGUCGUCUCAAUGCGAACCGUGGGCUUUUGAGGAGACGGCGAGAGGACGCGAGGAGGAUUUUAUUGCGGAGAGAGGCUCGUCUCAUCAGUGCAAGCUGUGAAAGGUCCUCACACUGCAGCCAUGGGUGGACGGAGCAGGACGGCCCUUCUGUGUCUGUGGGCGUGCUUGCUUGGGGCCAACAGCGUGCUGAGUGGGAAAAGCGCUGGGACGAACGGCAUGACAGAUGAACAGAAAGAUAACACCACAGUGUUCACCAAGAUCUUAGACAGCCUUCUGGAUGGCUAUGACAAUCGCCUCAGGCCUGGACUAGGAGAGCGUGUAACCGAAGUCAAGACUGACAUUUUCGUGACUAGCAUUGGGCCAGUCUCGGACCACGACAUGGAGUACACCAUCGAUGUCUUCUUCAGACAGAGCUGGAAGGAUGAGAGAUUAAAGUUCACAGGCCCCAUGGCCGUGCUGCGUCUCAACAACCUGAUGGCCAGCAAGAUCUGGACCCCCGACACCUUCUUCCACAAUGGCAAGAAGUCUGUGGCCCACAACAUGACCAUGCCCAACAAGCUGCUGCGGAUCACAGAGGAGGGCACGCUGCUGUACACCAUGAGGCUUACAGUCAGGGCGGAGUGUCCCAUGCACCUGGAGGACUUCCCGAUGGAUGCCCAUGCUUGUCCACUGAAGUUUGGCAGCUACGCCUACACUCGAGCAGAGGUGGUGUACGUGUGGACCAGAGGAGCCGCCCAGUCAGUGGUUGUGGCAGAGGACGGGUCCAGGUUAAACCAGUACGAUCUGAUGGGACAGAGUGUGGAUUCUGGUGUGGUGCUGUCCAGCACGGGAGAAUACGUCGUGAUGACAACCCACUUCCACCUGAAGAGGAAAAUCGGUUACUUUGUGAUCCAAACAUAUCUGCCCUGCAUCAUGACUGUCAUCCUCUCCCAAGUGUCGUUCUGGCUCAACAGAGAGUCCGUCCCUGCCAGGACUGUCUUCGGAGUGACCACUGUCCUGACCAUGACCACACUCAGUAUCAGUGCCAGGAACUCUCUCCCUAAAGUGGCCUACGCCACAGCUAUGGAUUGGUUCAUCGCUGUCUGCUAUGCAUUCGUCUUUUCGGCCCUCAUCGAGUUUGCCACAGUCAACUACUUCACCAAGAGGGGUUACGCCUGGGAUGGAAAGAGUGUUGUACCAGAGAAGCAAAAGAAGAAGAAGGAGUCCCUCCUCAAGAAGAACAACACCACAGCCUACCCAGCUGCCACUGCUACAGCCUUCGCGCCCAAUAUUGCCAGGGACCCUGGAUUGGCCACUAUUGCCAAAAGCGCACCGCCGCCCCCGUCCGAGCCCAAGGAGGAGCCAAAGCCCAAACCUCCAGAGGCCAAGAAAACCUUUAACAGUGUGAGCAAGAUAGACAGGAUUGCCAGAAUAGCCUUCCCAUUACUCUUUGGAACCUUUAACUUGGUCUACUGGGCAACUUACUUGAAUAAGAAGCCCAAACUGCAGGGAAUGGAUCCACACUAAUCCAUGUUUCGUUCCUUUUAAAUUAUAUCUGUAAUUAUUUCACUUUCUUUCUUAUUCCUCCUAAAAAAAAGUGUUUAUUUUCAGACGAACAUGGUGUCCAUGCUGGUUUGAAUUCCCAGUCGUUGCAUUGCUUCUAUGUUUACCUAAAUUUUGAAGAUUUUGAAAAAAGAAAAUAGAGGAGAUAAUAGAACGAAAACGAAACUGACUUUUGAGAGGGUGUUGUUCAGCUCCGGGACAAUGCUACUUAGAAAAUACUAAUAUAAAUAUAUAGCCAAGAGAAUGCUAUUCUACAACUGCACAUAACCCAAACUGGCUUUCUUUUGUUUCAGUUUCUUUUUUUUAAAGUUUCUUUCCAAUUUUAUUUGAACAUGUAUCACAGACACGGGAAAAACAUAUUUGUGUAUAUGCAUGGGCAAGGCAUCGUAUCGUUUACGUUAAAAUGUAUUUAUUAUACUGAUCAACAUUGACUGAUGGCUUAGUUUAUUUGAUAUCAGCAGCAAAAUGCUACGCUCGGUCUUUGUCAAAAUAUCUUCCAUCCUCUGUAGAUGUUUUAUGAGGUUGAUUAUUUUAUUCUUCAAAGAUAUGUUAGGGUUUCUGCAAUAGCAAUAAACAUGUCUCAGUGGACACACCAUUUAUUUAGGGAUAAAAAAAACAACAUCUCUGUGCUCAGCAUUGAAAAUAUCAAUUUCCUUUCACAGCAAUGUAAAUAUAAUCAAGUGUUAGAGAUGUCAAUAUUAUGUUUAAGCUUUGCAAAAUGUAACUAAAGGGUAUGUUUAUUGAAUACAUGGAAAAGUGAACUUUUAUUUUAUUUUCAUUUUGUUUUUUUUGUUUUUGUUUAUGAUACUUUCUACGAAAAAGAGUAUAUACUGAUCUAAUUCACGCUUAAGUGACUGUUUCUCACAAAGUUAGCGUUUCCAUUCAAAGCUGCUUUCACGAUGAAGUAAAAUAUUGUUCAACUGUGUGUUUGUGUGUACACUGAUGGCAACAACAGCAACAACAACAUCACCAGUGUAAACCUGAGAUUGACUAUUUAUGAGUAAGAAUGUAAAAAAAAUUUCAUCUCAAAUUCCUGGAGUGCAUUUUACAUUUAGAAUUAAAACACGUAUUAUUUACUUAUUUUGUUUGUUUGUUUUUGAGCUUUUAACUAUUGAUGACGCGGCCUCGUUUAAAAAAAACAAAACACCAUUUAUCGCAGAGUACAGUUAGCAUCGCUUAAAGACGAGUGGGGCACACUGAGAAGGAAGUGCCUUUUUACCGAUAUCCCAGUUGAAGGUGUGAUGGCUGUUACUUGGCAUAUUGAUGGCGCGAUCUGUAUUUUCCAUCCCAUUGUUUCCUCCCUUCAGCCGAAAGUUUAAAACAUACCACUCAGAAAGUACCAGCUACACUGCCUUCAGUAUCACAUGGCCGUUUGGACUCAUUUGUUGCUGCUUUUUGGUGAGCAACAGCGAGAGACAGGGACAGAGACAGAAAGAGACAAAGAGAGGGAGGAGACGUUGAGUCGAAGUGGCACUGUAAUCUUACUUUAGCCGGCGCUGGGUUUCGCGCAGAGGACUUGUCUUGUAGUUCUACGAUAGUGACGAAGAUGAAUAUAUUUUUGUAGCAUGAUGUCAAUCCCCCUUCUGAGUAAAAAAAAAAACAAAAACAGAAACUAACGCAAAUGUAAAAAGAAUGCUUUUUUUUUGUCUUGAACAUUGCUUGCUCUUUUUUCUCUUCUUUAAAACUUAAAACACACACACACACACACACUUUAGAGAAACACUUCUUCUCUGAUUUGGCACGUUAAAGGUAUCUGAACCGUCCAUUUAAAAUUAUGUUAAUGUAGCAAUAUUAAUGAGCAAGGGCUUUUCUUAGGAACUGAACCUGACACUCAGUCUGGGGGUGAUAUCCAUUGUAGCUUUACAUUGACCCCUCCUACUUGUGGUAUCAUCAGUAUGCUGUACAUAGAGAUCAAACUCACUAUUUUACGCAAUGUAUCAAUGCAUUGUGCAUCCAACCGGUGUCCAGACGCACUUGGCUCCCGCUCUUAUCUUUGUUCUGCAAAAUCUCCACAUUCCUCGCCGUGGAGUGGGGGUGCAUUGCAUUGCAUUGCAUUAUACGCUCUGGGCGUGCUUUCUUUGGGGGGAAUAUGUUUUACAGGGCACUGAACAGGCCAAAAGAAUGCAAGGACUCUCUCUGUGUCUGUGCACUGAGGUGGGGAGAUCACACGUUCGCCAGAGGGUAACAAAAAAGACAUUGGUGGUUGUUGCUAUUGUUAUGAUUUGCAUCAUCAUUAUGGCUAAUACUGAACCUAUCCCCUGAUGGCAGAUGCCAGCCGUCUACUGUUCACAGCCACUAAACCUACAAGCUGAGGGUCACGGAACUGCAGAAGUUCAGGGUGAAGAGUUGUAUAAAGAUAUUUGAAUUCUAAACUAUUGUAUGUAUGUUUAUUAUCAUGAAGAAAAAAUAUAUAUACAUAUGUAAAAUACAUAAUGCAUACAGUAUUUGAUUAUAUUAAUGAAGAUAUUAGCUAAGAUGAUGAUGAAUAUUGUUUGUAUUAUCAACCUAUUGUUAUGCAUUUUGCACAUUUAGAAGAACAGCAACAUUUACAUUUAUGUAGUCAGCUUUGUGCUAUGCAAGGACAGCUUUGAACCACGUCAUCGACCUUCUCUCCCCGAUCAUUGUGUUUCAGAUUCCCAAGCUAUUAUAUAUAUAUAUAUUAGAAAAAAAGAAAUUCAAAAAAAGCUUGGCUUUUAUAUCAGCUGUGCAAACCAUUCGCUUCUUUUGUUUUGUUUUCCAACCAUGGCUAAACAGGGUGACGGCAAAGGAAACAGUGGAUUAUCUCUUUUGUUUGCACUUUGUGUCGAUGGUUGAGGACAAAAUUUGCUUUCAUCGUUGAUUGCACUUUUUCCUCUAGGGACAUGCAAUAAAGUGACUGGACUGAGAAACCAGGAGAAAUAAUUAUAACGAUAUCACCCUGUUGAUCAUAUUUCUGUUCACUCCUCGAGCUUGUGUGUCAUUACAGAAAUUGUGGCAGGGGAAAUGUUAUUUUGCUCAAUGGGUCUUUUUUUUUUUCUGCUUUCCAAAGCUCAAUGAUAAAACAGGGAGCGCCAGAGAAUUUGACUUUGAGAAGGGAAGAGUGAGUUUUGUACACUUUUCUGCCGGGAAUGUUUUUGAUACGCCCCCCUAUCUUGCACUCCAAGCAGGAUCAAAAACAGACGCCAUAGACCAUUUACAAAUAUAUCGAGCCAGGUCAGGUUUUGCUACACCGCGCUCCAGAGAGAGGGAAUGUGAAAUAUGAGGCACAGUGCAAUCAUGAGCUUCCAACGUUAACCUUCACACUCAUAUGCAGAGCACCCAUGUAAAUAGCACAUUUGUAGGCACGUCACUCAUUUGUUUCCUUACGUUUGAUGCAAGGUCCAUUGCAGUUCUCAGCAGCACUUGCUUUUCAACACUGAGUUUUUUGGUUAUUCCUAAAAUACCUACUGGAGUUUUUUCUUGUAUUUUUAUCAGCAAAAUAUGUUCUGAUUUUCACUGAAAUGUAAAAAAAAAAAAUACUAAUUUUCUAAAGCACAAAAGUUGAUAACGGCAAGAGAAAUGAUAGAUUAGAGACUGUAUACACACGGACACGGACACAGACAUCCAUACACUCUCACGAUGCACACAGACAUACACACUGUACACGGGAAUGUGUUCGGAGUUCAGUGACAUGGACGAAGGGUUCCGAUGGGUGUAGAUAAAACGGUGAACCUUCUGUAAAUGUUUUCUUUUGUUUCUUUUGGUUAUGAUAUGGCCCCUGUAGAAUCUGAUUCUCUGCAUUAGUCUUUAAAUAAAAAGAAAACAAAG